AUGCAGACAGUCAACUCAAACUUCGACAAUCUCUCAUCGGCCUCGGACAUCAUUGAUGCACUGCAGAACAUCCUGCGCUCACAAGUUUUUAUGCCAGACCUCGACACCCCAUACUCCCGAUCUAGCGUCCCGAAUAUCGACCACCCUACCAUCGGGCCCAACAGCGAGAGCAUCAGCGCCAUCCUCACCGAACGUCAACAGCAGCUAGAUGCAGUGUUGCGCGACAUCUCAGGUCUGGAAACGGUCAUAGAUGGCAUCAAAAUUUUGCACCAGCAACUCGUUGAUCGAAAGGAGAAGAUCAUCCAGUCCAUGACUUUCCACAAGGGACUCGGAUCGGCUCUCUGGCGUUUGCCAACUGAAACCAAUACUUGUCACCCGCCUUCAAACCUAGCCCCCGUGCUGUUGACCAGAAUAUGCCGACCAUGGAGGGACGUUGCUGUGGAUAUGCCCAGUUUAUGGUGCAGGUUGCAUGUGGACAUCAACAUCAACGGAGUCGGGCAAGAAGAUGAUCUCGACGACAGCGAUGACAGCGACUGGGAAGAGUUAGAUGAAGAGUCGGAUGUAGAAGUCAACAACAUGCGGGCAGCUUUCUGCUAUGACUCCUGGCUCAAGCGAUCACGAGGACGUCCGCUCUCAUUAGUGCUCGAACGCUGCCACUCAACCAGGUUCUUAAGAAGCCUUCUUCGACCUUACAGCAGUCAAAUCUCGUUUCUCUCCAUAAAUUUUUCCCGACGAGUGGGCCGGCUAGAACUUUUGUUACAAGACGUGCCAGCACUUCGAGAGCUCGUCGUAAUAGGGAUGGGGAGGGGUUCUGACAUUCCAACUGUGGCGCAAUCUAUCUCUCGACUCCCGUCCACGAUGCGCGUUCUCGAUGUCAUGACAUCGUCGCCGUUUGACAUCCAGCUUGUAUCUUCUCUCAAUCCCGUAUUGGCCCACCUGACACAGGUCAAUAUCACCCUACUUUUUCCGGAUGCAUCCCUCCACUUGCUCCGCCUAUGUCCCAACCUCUCCUCGUUGACGGUUCGUAUAGUAUUCCACGAACAAUGGACCUUGGAGCCAUUUACGCACACCAACAUCCAAUUCUUGUGCAUGGCUUAUUGUGACUCUGGGCUAGCUGGCCUAUUCGAUGCUUUAUCACUCCCCAAAUUGCGUGUGUUUGAGGCUCACUGCACUUACAAUAGUGCAUGGCCUCAUGAGCAGUUGAUGAAUCUUUUUGCACGGUCAAAGUGUCCCCUGGAACGCCUGAUUUUCGGUGGUCAGGUGACAGUGACGAAUGUGCUGCGAGCGGAGUAUGUUGCCCUUAUUCCUUUACUCGACGUAGUAGUGAAUGUAUAA